AUGGAUUUGGAUUUGCCAUGGUUGAUUCUCGCAAUCAUCAUUAGAGCUUUAUGUGUUUUCUCAUUUGGAAAUCUGAAGCAGCAGCAGCAGAAGCUGAGCUCUCUCCCUCCAGGCGAUAUGGGAUGGCCAUUGAUGAACAUGUGGUCUUUCCUAAGAGCUUUCCAAUCCCAAAACCCAGAAUCCUUCAUCAACAAUCUCAAACAAAGGCAUUUACAAGACCAAUUUCUUAUGGAAACCAAGCAUCAUAGUUUGAAGUCCAGAGCUAUGCAGGAAAGUGUUGACAGACGACUAGAAAUUCCAAUUGGGUUACCCUCUUUCAAAUCUAGUCUCAAUGUAACAUCGUUAGACUGCAUUUCGAGCUCGGUUAACAAGUGGUUCCGCAGGCUAACAACAACAGUGGGUCUUAAUCAACAAGAAUCACUGUCAUCGUACAUAGGAAGCAUCGAAGAGAUUGUAAUCGGUGCAUUGGAAGAAUGGAGUAAGAUGAACAAGCCGAUCCUUUUCUUUCCUGAGGUGAACAGGAUCACAUUCAAAGUCAUGAUGGCCAUCUUUCCCGGUUCUGAUACCGACAACACUAUUAUCGCGACGAUGGAGAAGUAUUAUACAGACGUAUUCAGUGGAUUGUUUUGCAUGCCGAUCAACAUCCCCGGUUUUGCAUAUAAUAGAGCGGUCAAGGCAAGGGAGAUGCAGAUGAAAGAGAUUCGAGGUAUGCUUAAAGAGAGGAAACAUGAUGACCCGAACUCGAAACGAGGACUGAUUGAUUUUAUUAGGGAAGUCGAUGAUCCAAAUGGUGAAGAAUUGGAUGAUGAACGUGUUGCUAUUAUACUACUUUUGUUCUUUAUCGCGGGUCGUGAAAGUUCAGGUCGAGCCGCUGCAUGGGCUACCAUUUUUCUCCAUGAUCAUCCCCGGAUGUUGCAGAAGGCAAAGGAAGAACAAGAAGAAAUCAUGAAACAAAGACCUUCUUCCCAACAAGGUUUAACCCUCGGCGAAAUUAAACAAAUGAAAUAUUUAUCUAAGAACAUUUCUUAUGGAGAAUAA